GGCAAUCCAAGCACUUUCACUUUGAGCGGAGCCUCUGUCUGAGCUGGGGAUACACACAGAGUGACCAGAGCGCACGCAGGAGGAGGAGGAGACCAGUGUCUCCGCCACUUUAUCCAUUAACCACUUUCAAAGGACAGAGGAGUGGUUCAAAUUAAGCUGUUCAGGGAAAAUUCCAGGUCAGCGGCGAGGGGAAAGAAAAGGGAAAGGGAAAGGGAGAACACAUUGUAAAAAAAAAAAAGAAGAAGAAAACUGACAAAAGCUUUGAAAGGAAAAGCACUGCAGCCACUCAGGCUUAAGUGGGAAAAUCCAAAGUGAGAGAGCAUGGAAGCGCAAGAUGACAAAUGAGGCAUUUUUUGGAAAGUACCAAAGGAACCCGCAUGGAAGGAUUGUAUAAGGGAUGUCAGCAAGACGACUAACUAUCAAGCAGAAAAGGAGAAGAAAACAGCAGCGUACUCUGUCAAGAAACCACAGAGGAAACUUUGCCCUUCACAGACUGACACAGAAAUGUCUGCAGAGUGAUUGCUAUCAACGAGAGAAAUGGAGACAUGUCCAUUCUUAGAAAGAUAAAAGGAUGUCACUGUCAGCUAUACUCCUGUUAUCACUUCUAACUGUCGAAUGUGGUGGAUGUGGCUUUGACUUGGAAGGCGUCAGAAAUAUUAAGUCAACCAUUGACUCUAAUCCCACUGGAUUUCGGACAGUAUUCCCCAAAGAUUACUAUGUAGUGCAUCGAUUCACCAGAAGCAUGCUGUGUGACACUGAUCCGUGUUGUGUGUUCCCUGCUGCAGUAGUCCUCCUUGAUUCCUGGCAUGUCCUCCUCAGAAACCUCUGGGACGAACACUUAAAUCACUCCUUAAUCCUCGAUCUAAAGCAGACACUGGAUACAAUCAUCAGAAAGAACAGAAAUACAGAGAGGUUCCAGGAGGAGACAGACCUAACAGACUUCCCAACAUUAUCCUCCUCUCCAGAAGAACUCCUGAAGCUAACGUCAGAACUUUUUAGUAAAUGGCUUGAAGUGGGCUGCAUGCCUUUAAUUGAAACCUGCACCCUGCCCACCUUGCCCCCCUCUGUUGAAAGGAAGGACUAUGGCCCAUCGAGGGCCAGACUCUUGACCACCCGAGCUAUUAGCAACAAGGAGGAAGAAGAAGAAGAAAAAGAAGAAGAAGUAGAAGAAGAAGAAGAAGAAGUAGAAAAAGAAGAAGAAGAAGUAGAAGAAGAAGGACAGCCCGACAAGAUGAUAGACUUUACACAGCCUGUACUCAAUGGCGGUCCUCUACCCCGAACAUAUUCUGCUUUUGUCUGGAGCCCAUUGCUGUUCAGACUUUACUGGUGGUUUCUGCCAUAGUCACUAAAGGGAUCUUCUUCUUUGAUUGAGGAUGCACACAAAAUGCAAGACUUUCCCUGGCACUGAAUGAUUGUUUUCUUGUAUUUGUGUCUGUGUGUUUUAAUGCAGGAAGCUUUGUUAAUAUGAAGUGACAUGCGCAGGUUGCAUUUAAUGUCCAAAAUGGGUCCACUGUCCAACAGUGCUCCGUGGCAGACAUCACAGAUAUAAUCUCAUAGCCACUUUCUCUAGAGGAAGCCACGAGCUCCAGCUAGCUAUGUUCUUCAUGCUAAUAAGAGAUAAAUGUCAAGCUAGCCAGUGCACAUACGCCGUCGUCUGUGUGGAUUUCAUCACUGUUUACAAUGAAUGUUAAAGAAAGGUUUUUACAGUCUGUGGGUGUUUACUUUUGUACAUAGAUGUAAAUUAAAGACAUUUACAUAUGCAGUAGUUGGUUUAACUCGGACACAUCACAUCGUCGCUAAGCUAUAUUUAUUUUGGUCUGUAUUUGUUUGGCAUUCUAGGUGGAAAUGUACAGUUACAAGUAAACUUAUACUUCAUUUGAUUUAAGAUAACUGCUGCUUCUACUGCUAUUUCACAUGGAAAUAUUGUACUUUUUCUCCACAUUUAUCUGACAGUAAAUGCCUUCUCUACAGAUGUGAUGAAUAUUUGUUUUAAGCUGAAAGACAAGACAUUUUAUGAAGUCAUUACACUCAGCCCCACCUCCAACCAGCUGCAACAGUAAAAUGAAAUGGGUACUUUUGCUUUUGUUAUCCUGCAUAGCUGUUGUUGUACCUCUACAGUGUGUUAUUGGUGCAGUAAAAAGUGUUUACUCCA